ACCUUUUUUUUUUAUACUUAACCUCAAAUUUCUUCAAAUAUGGGUAAAGACGCUACAAAGUCCAAGGGAGCUCGUCCUCAACGCCACGAUCCUUUGCACAUGCAAUUGGCUGAGAUGCCUGAAUCAACCACUGUUAAGAAAGCUCCCCGUCAAAAGUUUAUCGAUCGUAAUAACAGAGCCGAAGAAACCGGCGAGGAAUAUUUGGACGCCAAGUUAUCAAAGAAAAUUUUAAAGAUUGCCAGAGAGCAACAAGAACAAAUUGAUAAGGCCGACGAAGACGUAGAAGAAAGAGAUACGUCAAAGAAAAGAUUUCCUUUAGGUUUCGACAUUGACGAAGAGGAAAUUGAUGGAGCUGAUCAAGAUGCAGAUUAUGAGGAACUUGAGAUUGAUGCUGCCGAUGCAGAUAUUUUAAACAAGUUUUUGCCUAGCGCACCCAGAGAAAAGAAGACUUUAGCUGAUAUGAUUAUGGAAAAGAUCAAUGAAAAGAAUGCCGCCGAAGGACGUGAUGCAAUUGAACAAGAGGACGAAUUAUCACCUGCAAUGAACCCUAAGGUUGUGGAAGUAUACACAAAGGUCGGUCAAUUGUUGAGUCGUUAUAAGUCUGGUAAAUUACCCAAGGCUUUCAAGAUCAUUCCUUCCUUGAGCAACUGGGAAGAAAUCUUAUACCUCACAGGACCCGAGAGUUGGACACCUCAUGCUACUUAUGAAGCCACUCGUAUGUUCGUAUCUAAUUUAAAGGCAAGACAAGUUCAAAGAUUCUUUUCUCUUGUACUUUUGGAUCGUGUUCGUGAUGAUAUUGCAGAGACCAAAAAAUUAAGUUAUCAUCUCUACCUUGCCUUAAAGAAGGCACUUUAUAAGCCUGCUGCUUUCUUCAAGGGUAUCCUUUUCCCAUUGUGUGAAUCAGGCUCUUGUACAUUGAAAGAAGCUGCUAUUCUCGGUAGUGUGCUCACAAAGGUAUCUAUUCCCGUUCUCCAUUCUUCCGCUGCCAUCUUAAAUUUGGCCGAAAUGGAAUACACUGGUCCCAAUUCUCUCUUUAUCCGUAUCUUGCUCGACAAAAAAUAUGCUUUGCCUUUCAAGGUUGUUGAUGCUCUUGUCAUGCAUUUCGCUCGUUUCAUGAAUGAUCCUCGUGAAAUGCCUGUUCUCUGGCACCAAUCUAUGUUAGUCUUUGUUCAACGUUAUAAACAAGAUUUGAUCCCUGAACAAAAGGAUAUAUUAUUGGAAGUCAUGAAGAAGAAAUACCAUGCUGGUAUCACUCCUGAAGUUCGUCGUGAAAUUGUCCAUGCUGAAGCAAGAGAUGAAAUGGUUGUCGAAAGAGAUGAUGAUAUCAUGAUGAUGGAUUAGAAAACUUGUAAAUCGUUAAUUUUUUUUUUUAUUAUAUAUAUUAAUUUUGCAC